AUGGAAGUUUUGCAAAAGAUAAUAUAAAAAUCUGGAACAAACUUAUCUCUUAUUGAUCUAGAAUUCAAGUAAAAUAAUAGUAGUAUAUCAGACAAAUCGAAAAUUUGAAAGAGGUACUUCCACUGCUUAUUUAAUUUAAGAAUCUAAAAGAAGUAAGUUAAAUACAUAUAAUUAUAGUUAAAUUUACAUGGAAAUAGAUUAAGAUAAUUACCAGAUGACCUAUCAUAAUUAAAGAAUCUUGAAACUUUAGAUAUAACAAAUAAUAUGUUUGAAAAUGUAAUGCUUAUUUUUAAUUUAGUUAUAAUAAGUAGUUCAAUCAUUAAAAACAUUACCUUCAUUAAAUCAUUUAGAAAUAGCAUUAAAAUCUAAAGAAGAAGAAGAAUUUAUAAUUGAAAAUCUACCAUAAUUAGUCAUGUUAAAUCAAUCAGCUAUUAAAAUUGAAGAUUAAUCUGAAUAACAAAGUGAUAUGUAAUCAGAGAGAUCAGCAACAGGUUUGGAAAUAACAUUAUAAUAAGAAGAUUUAGAAUAAAUGGCUGUAUAUAUUAUAUUAUAUAUUUAUAGUUGCUUCAUGAUAGUAUCAAAGAGUUAAGAAAAGAAGAUGAAGAAUCAGAAAAAUAAAUAUCUUCAGUUUUUGAAAACUCAGUUAAGACUAUAAUGAAAGAAUUAUAGACUAAAUUAGCAUAAAAAACACCUGAGCAUAUAACAAAUUUAACAAUUCUAAAAGUUUAAAAUUUAUUUUUAAAAUAGGCAAAAUAUAAUUUAUAUGAAGUUUGUUUUUAAUUGUUUAUAAGAUACUUUAAAUUAACAGAUAAAAAGUUAGAAUAGAUUCUAACUAAAAUACAUGAUUAACAUCAAUAGAUAUUUACAGAUAUGACUAAUGUUAUUAUGAAUGUUAGAGAUAAUUAAUCAAUAUAAUCAAUACAAAAAAAAUUAUUAGAAACUAAUUCAGGAUAAUCAAAUUAAGAAAAGGGAACAGAAUAAAGACUUAGACAAGAAUUAUAAGAAUUGUAAUAAUAUACAAGAGAAAUUGAAUAAGAAAAUAAAACUUAUUUAGAAUUAUUAAUUAAAUAUGGAAAAGGUGAAAAGAUUCAAUUAAAUUAAAUUCUAAAUAAUUAAUAAAAGACUGAAAAUUAAAAUAUAGAUAAUUCAUCAUAAUUUAUAUAAUAAAACAAUUAUGACAAAACAAUUGCUUUAAAUUUGAUAAGACCAUAAUAAAACUAAUAUGCAUCUAUUCAAAAUAAGAAUAAUUAAUUAUAAUCAAAUGUUUUGGUAUAAGCACCUUAAUUGGUUAAAAUGUUAACUUUAAAAUAAUUUAAAGAUUUAAUCUUAGAAAUAUAUGAAAGUAAAUUGAAAUUUGAUUAAAAAUGUUCUGAUUCUCAUUUACCAAGAGAAACAAUGGAAUAACAUAUGUAUACAUUUUUAAAUUAGAAAUAUGGUUUAAAAAGUUUAAUAUUGGAAUGGGCUUCCUGUAUUAUAAAUGCAUUAAAAAGAUAUGGAAAUGAUGAUAAUGAUGUUGCAGUAUUUGGUAAAAUUUUAAGGAAUGAAUGUGAUGAAGAAUUUAGAUUUGUUUAAGGUUAAGUGAAGAAUACUAUAUUGGAAUUAUUGAAAGUAAUAUUUUAAAUAUAACAAUUAUAUUAGAUGUAUUUGAGAGGAAAAUUUCCAUUAAAAACAAAUGCUGAUAUAAAAGAAAUGAUGAAUUAAAGAGUUAAUAGUUUUAUAUUCUAAGAAGAAGCUGAAGAUAUAAUAAAAUAUAUGUAUAAUCAAGAAGAUUCAGAACUAAUUCUUAACAAAUUAAAAUAAUAUUUUAUAUAGCCUACUAAACAUGUGGAGAAAAGAAUGACGAGAGAAGAGUAAUUGUAAAUAGUAAAUGAGAAGGAUAAAUCGAAGAUUGAAUUUUCAAUAUUUUAGAAGGUUAUUUUAGAUUUUUAAAUGAAAUCACAUGAAAAAUAUUUAUCAAAAUUUAUUUAACAAUUUAAACUUUAAGAUUAAGAUUAAAAUGGAAUUAUAGAUGAAGUAAUAAUAAUAUAUAUAAAUAGAAUGAAUUUCGAUAAUUGAUUACAGAUUUGAAUAUUGGAACUAAUGAUUUUGAUAUUUAGAGAUAUUUGAAUAAAAUAGAUCCAUACAAUAAUCAAUAAAUAACAUUUUCAUAAUGUGUUCAAUUAUUUUCCCAGGAAUAGGCACCAGGAACAAAUAUACCAAUAAUCUAGAAAAUUUCAGUUGAAAGUAUUUGA